UCGGUCGUGUGGUCGACGGACAACGGCAAAUUAUACGUAGCCUCCGACAAAUUCGCACGUGUUUUCGACAGCACCUCGGGCGCGCAACUCCAUCACUUUGAACACCUCCAUCCAAUUAAUUCCAUCGCACUUUCACCUAAAAACAACGUUCUAGCAUGCGUAGGAAAUCAUGGUAUUGCACAGCUAUGGGAUACAGAGUCUCUUCAGCCACUCGGACAGCCAUUUGGCCAAGAGGAUCACGAAACGCUUCACUGUGUGUGUUUCUCUCCAGAUGGGAGAUACCUGGCCUAUGGCGGAAACGACAUGAAAAUCACUCUGUGGGAGGGCAAACAUAUAGCUCCUGAGCUUGCAUCCCCAUCACCGUCUUGCCUUGACGUUCAGGCUACAGGGAAUAAUGAGGAGGGGCAUGAUGAUCCAUAUAAUCAUGAUAACUUUUUCCGGUCUUCCCGACCGUCAGGUCCCUCCUCUGGUCCUCCGCGUUCUUCCCAGCGUCUCCCGCCUUCGACUCGCCGCUUUUGGAGCAUACUCAUGCCCUCUCGACACCACCCGCCAGUAAAUUUGUCCAGUCCACAGCCACGUCCCAAGCGCAGUUUCUUUGCCUGGCACACAGGACCAAAGCCUGUAACUGUCUCCGCUGGAAGACGAAAAAAUAGAAUCUACGUUGCGCUCCCCCCAUCGCAGAAGAAGAACGCCGACACCAAUACUCAGGCGGGCCAGACAUCCUCCACAGGACAGCCGCACUUGGUUUCCAACAUGCCACAACAUACUCAGACACAGUCUGAGACUCAACCCGCCCAAGAAGACUAUGGUUGUUGGGGCAAUUUUUGCCUCGCGCUCGGGUGUGUCCCACGUCGCUCAGUACCCUCCGCGGUUCAGGCUAGUGCUUCAUGAUACUACCCCAGCAAGUGGUAUCCUGUCCUCCCUCUCAAUCUUUACGGUACUUAACAGUUUUGAUUCGAUACUGCCUCAUUUCGGGACACGGAUUUUAAUGGCUAAUUGCUUAUCUGAGUCUACGUUAUCUCAGUUUUGUGAUCAUACAGCUUUUCAAAACGUGUCUGGCUGUGACUCCGCUCAAUUGGAUAAAUCGUUCUAAUAGGCUAGCUGCAGGAACUCGAAGUAGAAUAUAAAUGCCAACUUGCAUGUACGUAGCCUUUCCGACGGGGCUUUUCAUUG